GAUAGGAGCAACAAUGGCUACCAUUCCCAUCUUAACUAUUCUUGAGAAGACAAGAGUAUCACCACCAGCAGCCACCGUAGGCGACAGCUUGUUGCCACUUACCUACUUCGACUUCUUGUGGCUAAGCCAACCUCCUGUUCAAAAUAUAUUCUUUUAUGACUUGCCAAUCACACAAACUCAAUUCAAUGAAACUAUUAUUCCCAAUCUCAAACGCUCCUUAUCAAUCACUCUUCAACAUUUUUAUCCUUUCGCCGGUAACUUGAUCGUUUUCCAUACUUCUACACAAAAGCCCGAAAUUCGCUAUGUUGAAGGUGAUUCUGUCGCGGUUACUUUCACAGAAUGUAACCUUGAUUUCAAUAAACUAACCGGAAAUCAUCCCCGAAAUUGUGAAAUGUUUGAACAUCUUAUCCCUCAACUUGGCGAGGCUAAUAAAACCUCAUAUUCCACAAAGAUCCCCGUGUUCGCAGUUCAAGUGACACUCUUUCCAAACUCUGGAAUCUCUAUUGGAAUGACAAAUCACCAUUGCCUGGGUGAUGCUAGCACCAGGUUUCUUUUCUUGAAGGCGUGGACAUCAAUUGCUCGAUUUGGUUCCGACAAGUCUUUUCUAGCUGAUGGAACCUUGCCGUUAUAUGAUAGAGUGGUCAAUAACCCAAAACUAGAUGAAAAUUUCCUGAAGUAUGCAAAAGUCGAAAACUUUGAGUAUCAACCUACAAAGCUAUGUGCACCAACUGAUAGAGUUCGAGGCACCUUUAUAUUGCCGCGAACUAUGCUCAAUAGGUUGAAAAACUUGGUUUCAACCCAACUACCAACAUUAGCGUAUGUAUCAUCUUUUACAGUUGCAUGUGCUUAUAUGUGGAGUUGCAUAGCGAAAACACGCGAGGAGGAGCUUCAUCUAUUUUCUUUUACCAUCGAUUGUAGGGCGCGUAUGAACCCUGCAAUCCCAGCAGCCUACUUUGGCAACUGUGUUGGUUGGUGCGCUGUUAAUGUACAAAACAAACAGUUAAUGGGAAAAGAAGGGUUCGUGACUGCUGCAAAACUGAUCGGAGAAAAUCUACACAAGACGUUGACCGAUAAGGAUGGAAUCGUUAAAGAAAGAAAAUCAUCUGAGGGGUCAGUACCCACUGGGAUCCCCAUGACAAUCGUCGGGGUUGCUGGAACACCAAAGCUAAAAUUUUAUGACUUGGAUUUUGGUUGGGGGAAGCCCAAAAAGCUGGAAACUGUUUCAACUGGUUUAUCAUUUUCUAUUAAUGGCUGCAAAGAAAAUAAUGAAGAUCUGGAGAUUGGUAUAUCCCUGCCGGCUACACACAUGGAAUCUUUCGUUCGUAUCUUUGAGGAUGGAUUAAAAGAAUACAUCUAGAUCCAUCAUAUAUUAUCUUUGUCAAUCAUGUAUUCGGUUUUUCUUACUUUGUGGUCUUGUUUCAUAUUCAAGUUGAGUGUUUAAAUAAAUAUUAUUCUUGGUUUCCAUUUUCUGAA